UGGAGGCGCGGGAGGGGGUGCCUGGGCGGCCGGGAGGGGGCCGCCUGCCUGGCGCGCGCCCUCACUCGCUCCCUCGCCUUCGUCCUGCCGAGUGGGGCUGAGGGAACCCCGCGGUGGCCCAGCUGCAGCCGCUCCGGCCCCGACGGAUGCCCAUUUGCCAGCCCACCGGCCCAAUCGCCGCCGCCGCCGCCAGUUAACUCGCCGUGACACUGGGAUUUCAUCAUUCGCAUUCGGCGCCGGAUUGACGCAGGAGAAGCCGCCGCGCCUCGCCAGCCACCGGCAGCAGCAGCAGCAGCAAAGGCGGCGGCCCCCGAGGCCCCCGCUGGCUCGGCCCUCCAGUCGGCUGAAGGGCCGGGGGGGUCCGGGCGCAGACGCUCGCCGCCGGCUUCCCCCUUUCCCCUCAUGCCCAGGGCCCCUCUGGAGCCGCCGCGGAACGCCGCCUAAACGCCGCCCCGCCGACAGGCGCUGAGCCGGCAGGAUGCCCGAGACCGGCCCAGACGCCCCCGGCAGCCAAGCGCAGCCCCCGCCGCAGCCGCCUCCGCCACCCCCCAAGGAGUCCCCUUUCUCCAUCAAGAACUUGCUCAAUGGGGACCAUCCGAAGGCGCCCCCCAAGCAGCCCAGGGCACUCUUCCCUCCCGUGGCCAAGGGCGCUCUGGAGGGGGCCGGCUUCGCCCUGUCGCCCAUGGGAGACCUCACCUUCCCUCGCUUCGAGAUCCCAGCGCAGAGGUUCGCCCUGCCGGCCCACUACUUGGAGAGAUCCCCCGCCUGGUGGUACCCCUACAGCCUGACCCCCGCUGGAGGCCACCUGCCUAGGCCCGAAGUUUCCCUGGACAAAGCCCUGCUGCGGGACUCGUCGCCGGCCUCGGCGGGGACCGACCGGGACUCUCCGGAGGCGCCGUCGCUGAAGGCGGAGAGCGAGGCCAAGGAGCGGGACUGCAAGAGCCCGGCCGAGAUCGUGCUGGAGGAGAGCGACGCCGAGGAGGCGCGCAAGGAGGAGAGCGGCGCCGAGGACUGGCCCCACAAGGCGCGGGAGGCCGGCGACGAGGGCGCCGACAAGAAGCCGUGCCGCAAGAAGAAGACGCGCACCGUCUUCUCCCGCUCGCAGGUCUUCCAGCUCGAGUCCACCUUCGACCUGAAGCGCUACCUGAGCAGCUCCGAGCGCGCCGGCCUGGCCGCCUCCCUGCACCUGACCGAGACGCAGGUCAAGAUCUGGUUCCAGAACCGGCGCAACAAGUGGAAGCGCCAGCUGGCCGCCGAGCUGGAGGCCGCCAACCUCAGCCACGCCGCCGCCCAGCGCAUCGUCCGCGUCCCCAUCCUCUACCACGAGGGCGCAGGCCCCGAGGGCGGCGGCGGGGGCGCUGGAGGGGGGCCCGGCGGCGGGGGGCCCUCGGCGGGCGGCGGUGCGCCCUCCAGCCAGCCCUUGCUCACCUUCCCCCACCCUGUCUACUACUCGCACCCCGUGGUCACCUCGGUGCCGCUCCUGCGGCCCGUCUGAGAAGGCUGCUCGGCCCAGCGGGACCCGCGAGGGCGGGCAGGAGGCGGGAGUCCUCCUCCGGAGCCCGGGCCGCCCUCGCCCGCCUCUCCCAGCCAGGCCCGGAGGCCGCCCCCUUUUCCCGUCGAGCCGGCGGGGGAG